CUCGAAUAGUCUCUCCCUGUAUUUGAUACAGUACCGAUGCUAUCUUACGUAUAUAUAAGUUGAAUUUUGGUGAAACCAAUUACAGUUGCUUCAUUCUCUACCCUGCUAGCCUGUUCAGUAUAUAUGGAGAAAAAUGGCUGCCAAACAAGAGUCCGUGGAGAUAAAAGCGGCGAAGGAUGCGUUCCAGACCGGCGACUUCAGAUUAGCAGAAGAGCUGUAUACAACUGAGAUACAACAAGCGGUUGCUCAAGACAUUUCGGAUUCGACUGCGCGGCCGGACCUUCUUCACCUUAGUCGAGCACUUUGCCGGCUGAAACUGCGACGCCCAGCGGAUGCGCAUGAGGACGUCCUGGCUGUUACGAAGAGUGAAGAUCUUCAUGCGUUUUGGAGGGAAAAUGUGGAGUCCGUGAAACAAAUAGGAAAUGGGCUACUGGAUGGAUCCAGCAGUAGUUUCGCCUCUACCUCCACCGGCAGUGCAGAAGAGGCUGAAGUUUCUGAACUUGUUAGAAAUAAUGCGUUGCUUCUGGACAAGCCGACAACGUCUUCUACAGGUUUGGGCCCGUCAUCUUCCAUCAGCGACGCAAGGUCUGAGGAGGACCGGCGGCAAUUCUUGCAGAAGGCCUUCUACCGGCGAAGUGCGUGCGAGCGUGCUUUAGCAUUACAUCC